CAGUAGAUUAGUACUCAAUCCACGAUUUGAAUUCAAUAUGACGGCAUUCGCUAGUGAAAGAGCCUCUUUCAAAGAUCCAGAUCGGAUGCGCGUGUUCUUCUGGAGUGGACAAGACAUGAAAGGCAUAAUUAGCAUCCUUGCAUUAGUAACCUGUGCAAUGACGAUUUUGCCUAUAGAUAUACCCUCGUCGGCCCAAAAGAACUAAAGGCAGUAUUUUUUGCACUUGAAUACGGACGCAAACUUAAGUAUUUCGCCUUUAUUGGAGAAAGCAGAAAGCCUGAGUGGUUAAAGGUGUGGCAGGGCAAGUACUCUGAAUUAUCUGAGGCCAGAUAUUGUCAAGCGUGCUCUCAUUUGGUGUUGCACCAGAGUGUCAAGGUAUCAGACUCCUAAUAUUUUAUUUGUUCGUGGUGCGGACUGAGGUUCGCAGGCCAUAGGUAUAUCGGUUCAAGCCAUGGGGAUGGAUCACAUUCUGAGGAUUGGCAAAACUCCGCCGCAGAUAAAUCUUGGCGAGCAGGCAGACGAAGCGAAGUCCGAAGCAUUUUCCCUGUGAUUCAACUACUGCCAAUAUUCAAACCUUG